AUGGAGUGCAGCGGGAAAGAGGAAAUCCAGCUCCGCUGGAGCCACCAGGCCUGUGCAAACACAAAAUUGUCGGUGCCGCGCUGGGAGCGGGUGGCCCGCUUCGCCGUGUGCGUGUUCGGCAUCAUCCUCUCCCUCUACGCCUGCUACGUGGAGCGCGAGAAGGGCCGCGACAACCAUUACCAGGCGCUGUGUGACAUCACCGAGCGGGUGCGCUGCUCCGUCGCCAUCUCCUCCAGAUGGGGUCGAGGAUUUGGUGUGUUGGGUUCCAUCUUUGGAAAAGACAGUUUAAUAAAUCAGCCAAACAGUGUUUAUGGACUCGUGUUUUAUAUACUACAAAUGUUGCUUGGUAUGACAGCAAGUGCAGUAGCAGCUCUGAUCCUCAUGACAUCCUCCAUAGUGUCUGUAGUAGGGUCUUUAUACUUGGCAUAUAUUCUGUACUUCGUGCUGAAGGAAUUUUGCAUUGUCUGCAUCAUCACAUAUUUCCUGAACUUCAUUCUCUUUAUCAUCAACUACAAACGACUAGUUUAUUUGAACGAGGCCUGGAAACGGCAACUCCAGCCCAAACAGGAAUAAUGCCUGUUUGAACUUUUUGACUGACAGUCUGAAGACCCAACUUCCAUUAAGUUUAUUUUGCAGUAAUUUUUUUAUUCUUCAUAUCAGACACUUUCCCUGAGAAUCAUAACUGAAUUUUUAAUUAUAAAUUGGAAGGGGCCCUAGAUAAUUUUUUUGUGCUAACAUUGAAUUUAAAUGUGGUUAUGAAAGGAAGCUCUAAUACAAUCAAAGACAAGCUUUAACUUUACUUUAAAGGAGUUUUAGCCACAGCAAAACUAGACUCUCCCUCCGCCCCCUCCACCUGUGCAGUGGGUAACACUUGCUACAAAAUAUCCUGUAUAUAAAUUCAAUUUCAGGUAUAACAAGAUGUGAUCAUGACAUUAAAUAUUCUAGGAUAGGAUUACCAUAUUUAAUGUUGCCAUGUUUACAGUAUGUGUAUUACAUUUUUUUAAGCUGAUGGACUUAGAUUUGACUUGGACUUACACUGUAAAUAAAACUAGAAAUACUGGUUUCAUCCCUGGAGAACUCACUGUACAAUCAGUUUUGUUAGCCUGGGAGACUUCAGAGUGUUCAGCUAAGAGGUGACUGAGACGAUGGAAGGAGUGACUUCUAUAGAGAAAACGUUGCUGCACUCACUGCUAGUGCUUUCAUAAAAAAAAAAAAAAAAAGAAAAGAUGAUUGGGUUUUGUUCCUUAUUUCUUUUUUCUUUCCACUAAUGAAAAGGGGAAAGCUGAAACCUGAAGUAUGCCCAUUAAACCACAAUUUCAUUAACUUCUGUCCAGAAUGAAAAUAACUAAAUGUGGUCAAUAGUAAGCUACCAUCAG